UCGGGUAAUGUGGUUGUAAUGGAAGCGUUGGGUAAUGAAGUUGCACGCGACUUUUCAAUCAUCAUCGCAGCACGCAGUGGACAAAUGUCAAAUUAUGCGACAUUGAGUGUAACGUUACUCGACGAAAACGACCAUCCACCCAAAUUCUUACAAUCCGAAUACUCCGUUAAAAUUCUUGCGAGCUCUCCAAUUGGUACUGUGGCUGUUCAUGUACAAGCACAUGAUCCCGACAAUGGUCAGAAUGGUGUGAUUCGAUACGCUAUCGCUGCGGGUACGUUGCAGUUAUUUGAAAGCAACGAUUACGGUUAUUUCACAAUCAAUCGAGUCAGUGGUGAGGUGAGCACAGUCAAGGCGCUUUCUGCUCACGAGCAUUCUGAAGCCCUUUUGAUAGUGCGUGCCACAGAUCAGGCCGAGUACUCUCGUUCUGACACAUGCUCUGUACGCAUUCAAACGACCAUCGAUGAACAAUGGCAACCAAUUUUCCAAAAGUAA